CGACAGAAAAAGAGAGGAGGGAGCAAGAGAAAAGAAGGGUAAAAAGAAAGAAUGGCGUACCGCAUACUGUGUUCGUGAAGUCCAGCUCUUCUGAGGUCCGGCAGCUCACUGUAGGCUUGUGAUCCAAAAUGGCGGACAUUAGCAGGCACCACGGCUCGUUUCAAAUCGACGACGAUAGGUCCAGGUGCAUAGAAUCCUGAAGGAAAGCUUCACGCCUUGAUCUUCGUAUUCGUACCCUUGAUUUUAUUUGCGGGGGUUGCGAGACCAGUCGAUGAUCAUGGCAGCCUCGAUGGCCAGGGUCCUCGUGACCUUGACGAUCCUUGCACUAUCCGGAGUAUUGGCCAUACAAAACGAUAAGACAUCCUCUCGUACGUCUCGGGAAAAUAUGGUGUUGAGUGCCAGCGCUUACACUGGUCCCGAAAAAACAUCGAGUGACAGUCAAUCGGACGAGUCCUUGACUUUCCAGAGGACCGUCCCAGCAUUUCAGCUGGAAAGCUCGAAGAGCGUUAACGAUUACGACGGGGAACAAUCCAAGCUCGUAUUCAGAGAGACGAAUCGCGAAGAACCCAUCGACGAACUAACGUCGUCGAAGCAUGUGGCCCAUAUCGACGGUAAUAACAUCGAAGUGAAAGCCGGAGAGUAUUACCGGAUAACGCCCACUAGCAGCGAAUCGAUUUCGGGGGAAGGACAAGGGGCUCCGCUGAGAGUAGAUCUCCUGUCGGAGCCCCAUCAGCUGGUUGGCGCGCCGAGGCAACGAGCACAGCAUUCGCAACCAGCGAUGGAUCUUCAACGACGGGGUCGUCAAGAGAUCCCGAGGAUCUCUAGCGAGCGCGCGUCGCCGAUUUUGCAAACCGUCAUGCCAGGUCAAAGGCAAGCGAAUCCCGACAUACAGGACAUUAUCACCGGCAUCGUCAAGUUGCUCAACGGCAACGUAAACGUGGCCGCCAACACUGUGAGACCAUUGAGGCCGAUGCAGGCCACGAGGAUCAACAAUAGAGGACCACCUAGAAUUUCGGAUGUGCCGCCGUUACCCCCGGAUUUCGACACUCCUGGUAUGAAUCCACCACCGCCACCCCCGUUAUCGUCGUCCCAUCCUUAUCCCUUUGAAAAGCCCCCUGCGCCCGACAGGCCAUCGCUAAAUCAGUUACCACCAGAGAGACCUGUAAGGCCCUUCAUCAGCGGAGUACCAUUACCAGAACAGGUCGUGCCGCCUUGGAACUGGGAUCCCCCUCAUAAUGGUAACAGACAACCAAUAUUGUCUUACAAACCCUCGCCUUCGUCGCUGGAUUCCAGUUUCCAUCGCGAUAAGAAUCUCUCGACGACGGAAAUUUCGCAACACGAUUUGAAACCGGAAUCCGAAAUGGCCCAAGGAAGCUCAACGAUAAAGAAAGACGGCACUCAUCAGGGAACACUUAUCGAAGACGACGAUACUAAGAAUUAUACGAGCAAUUUUGACGUCGAUCUCACAACGACGACGAAUGAUGAUCCGGUUAUUCAGAAUACGACGAGAAAAUCUGAAGUCGAAGAGUCUAAGAAGAAUCAUAUUAUCCACAAGUAUCAUACACCCUCGAAGGAAAACAAAAUUAAUGGCGAGGAAACAUUGAUCCUCGGCGUCGCCACAGAUUACGUCACUCCGACGCGACAUCCGGAAUCUUCGAAGACGACGACGUCUUCGAACGGUCAAGUUAAAGUUACGAAAUCUUCGAAGAGCGAGGAAAAAGCAUCGUUUGCUACUUCCAAGAUAGAAAAACCGAUCGAGAAAACUACCCUGAUCCCCACGAAGACUUUCUCGACGAGCACCUUAAAUAUAGAGACCAGUUCGUCGGUUCAAGUGAUCGAAUCUAUACCGACAAAAGUCAUUCUUCGACCUACUUCUGCUGCAUCUGCGGAAUCAAACGCCGACUCGAAAUCCGGCGUGAAUUUGGAACCUAGCAAUGUAGCAGAUGUCGAAUACACGGAAUCCAUAUCCAGCGUAUCAACGCCAACUGACGGUCUUCCUACGAGUUAUUUCAAGAACUCAGCAACGACGGAGAAGAGCAUCGUUCGUCCUACAACCUCGAUUAUUACGAAAAAUACAGGAUCUACGGAACGCUAUCGUCCACGACCUGGAAUCGUCCUGGACGAUACUCUGGAUUAUACUGGUACGCAAGGAUUGCCAAGUCAGAGACCUUACAUCGCGUCGUCGAGACAUCCAUCUCCCAGUGACGUUUUUGAUGUAACUGUCUCGGCAAUUCAGGGACCCGGAGGAAGCUCUGGAGAGAGCGUCAGGGUAUCUCUACAUUCAGGUAACGGUGAUGUUAUAUUAACUUCCGCUGUGGGCGGACAAGGUUUCGUAAGCAUUGACGGUAAAAGAACGUAUCUAAAUUUGUUCGAUAAUACUGAUCGAACACCCGGAUCCACCCAUGUGCAACCGCAACCAACUAGAACUCAACCACCGCCCAUUAUCGGUACUGGUCUCGCCAUUCCACAACCGGACUCUCCUGUCGCUACUUUACGCCCGAAUGGAUCGAAUCGGAGACAACCACCGUUAUAUCGAAGACCGACGCAACCACCUGUCAGAAUAGACACUUGUAUUGUGGGCGAUACGAGUACGUGCGACGCGAAUCAACACGAGGCUUGCGCGACUGUUCAAGGGGUAUCGGCUUGUCACUGCAAGCCAGGUUUCGCGAGAUUGCAGCAUUCGCUACCGUGCAAAAAAAUCGUUAGCAUCGUCGUAUCAAUUAGAGUUGAUAAAUUCCGCGAUAAGAAAAUUGUGUGGGAUCGAGGGCUAGCUGAUAAGGAUUCAGAAUUUUAUCGGGCCUUAGCUUACGAGGCCAAUAGAGCCAUUGAAUCUGCCAUGUCUAUGACACCGUUUUCGGAUGAGUACAUGGGAUCGCUGAUAAACAAUGUUUAUCAAGGAGACGUGAGCCAAGGACAAGGCGGAGUAUUUAUGAAUGCAACUCUAAAGCUCACUUACGAAGCGAGAACAAUUAGGCCAAGUCUAGCUGGGGAGCUUCAAAGACAUCUGCUAGGUGUUAUUCAUAGAAGGAAUAACAAUAUUGGAAACAGUGCCUUAUAUGUAGACAGCCCACCUGGGUCCAUAUCGAAUUUGCAAGAUUUGGAUGAAUGCGCUUCGUCGGAAUUGAACGAUUGUCAUUCAUCUGCCAAUUGUGCUAAUACAUUCGGCGGUUUUACGUGCUCUUGCAAUCCGGGAUUAAAAGAUCCUCACAAGGAUGAUCCCGAAAAAUCCGGCAGAACAUGUCUGACGUGCCCGUCUACUUAUUGCAAUAAUCGUGGCACUUGUUCUUAUCAAGGGAAUCAGAUGCAAUGCACGUGCACUGGUAAUUACUAUGGCGCGCAAUGCGAGGUUGAUGGCGAAGUCUUGGGCGUUGCUAUAGGCGCAUCUGUGGCUGCACUAAUAAUUAUCGUGCUGACACUAGUCUGUCUCGUAAUGUGGAGUCGAAAAUGGUCUCGCGAACAAAAGUCUGCAGGUUCUCCGGUGUACGGAUAUAUUCAAGGCGGAAUACCCGGCACUCUUCCUGGGACUUUAGCAAGAGUGGGUUCUGUAGGCACUCUAGCAUCCGUAAAACAAGGUCCGCCGACGAAUUUACCACCUUACAUGUGGGCUCAUUUUGGAGAUCACAUAGCAACAGCGAAUGUCUAUGCGACCGAACCCAUGGGCCCAACACGACCGAGUUCAGCAAUGUUCGGUUAUCCACCCAUGAGCAUUCAUGGAACAUUGCCACCGGUUCCAUUACCGCGACUUCAAGCCCCACCGCGGCAAAGAUUGAGACCUCAACCAGAUCCAGAUAGCUCGGAUUCCGAGCCACAGGAUAAGGACAGAGCCGACCUAAUUCCUCAGAGCAGCGGUUUUCACGUACCAAGGCCGAAGUCGAGGUCCUCAUUAGCAAAUCAAAGCGGAAUUUAUAACGACGUGGAGUACGAUCAAGGUGACAUUCAUCAUCUGUCGAAAAACAAUAUCCCGAUGUCAACCUACAGACCAUAUUACAGAACGUGAAAUUUACACUCCGAGAAGUAACACAUUCGCGCACGUGUACGUCAAGGAAUGACGUUAAAUAAACCCAUUUCAAUAUUUAUCGUCUCUAAAGUGCUCAAUAAAUAGUGCAUUAGAAUUCGUAGCGUUGCCGUUCUGCGCGAGAAGUGAUUCUCCGAUAAGGAAACUGUGCGAUUCGUUCCAGAGAGUCGUUCGAGUAAACAGAAAAUAUUUAGAAUUUAAACGAAAGAUUUACAGACAUAGUAUGAAGUAUGUAUCUAAUCAUUAUCCCGCGCGUGUAUUGAACAGAUUAGAUCUUACUUGUUACGUAGUCGUGUUUUUUUUUAGUCGUACGAUUUUACGAUGGCUCGAUAUUUUUCAUUGUCAGUAUAAUACAGAUAUUUAUUAUGCAUUCUUAUUGUUUCGGUAUUUUGUAAAAUUCGACGAAUUACUAUGUUGAAUAGUUUUAUUAAGGGAAACAUAUGCGUCGAUUGCACAUAUAUAUACUUAAUUAUUUUUUUAAUUACUAUUAAUUAUUAUUAAUAGCUCAAUACUCGGAAUAAGAAUAA